GGUUUGUAGUUCGCACAGAAAACUUUGAAAAGUUUGCUUAACUGGAGUUAGCAGGCUUUCCCGUUUGUGCAAGAGGGAAUCCCAUCUCAUGAAAAUGCCAUCAUACGCGCUUAAUCAAUUUCUUGAUUUGGAAGAGGUUAUGUGCAAGCAUCUUCUGAGCCUGGACCUCCGGGAUGCAUCCAAGCAGUCAACUUUCCCAGUGAGACCUGUUGGUUACAAUAAGCCCCGGGCCCCCUGUUCCCUGUCUGCAUCAAGCUCUGCCCUCUCUACAGACUCCACAGAAAGUGCAACCAUGACCUCCUGCCACUGGGGGCAGAACACAGAUGCCUCACUUCCAUCCAGAUUGAACAAGAUGUCAUUCUGGGCUGAGCGCUCGGUCAGCAUGGUGGAUCCCAGCACGUGCACCCUGGAUCCCAGCACGUACACCCUAGGCUGGGCCUCUACAGAACCUAAACAGCCCCCAGCCUCCCCUACUGGUGGCCCUGUCUCUGGGUCUCCCACCUCUUCACGCUAUAAGACUGAACUGUGCCGCACCUUUGCUGAGAGUGGCAUCUGUAAGUACGGGGGGAAGUGCCAGUUUGCCCACGGUUUUGAUGAGAUGCGUGACCUCAACAGACACCCCAAGUACAAGACAGAGCCUUGUCGCACUUUCCACACCAUCGGCUUCUGUCCAUAUGGCAUCCGCUGCCACUUUGUUCAUAACAACGAGGACGACCUGGGCCCUGCCAGACCUGGCCCUGGUUCCCAAGCCCCCCGCUCCAGACGACCCCCUCUGCUUAGGCAGAGCUUCAGCUUCUCAGGCUUCCCCUCUGCCCCUCCACAGCCCCUGAAGCACUCCCACCCCUUCCUCCUCGUGCCUCCAGUUUCCCCUCAUACCUCAGCUGACAUCACCGACCUACUCUCCCACGCCUUCUCCGAGGUGGACUGUGUCUUUGAGCCGGCCUGUGAUCUCCAGUCUCAGUUUCUCCCCUCUCCUGACUCGGGCUGUUCCCUCUGUGGACUGUCCCCUGUGCCUUCCCCCUCCCAGACCCCCUGUACCUUAUCAGAGGGCUGCGGCCUGCAGCAGAGCCAGAGUCCCCCCUGUGGCCCUGCUCUCGGUGCCAGAAGCCUCUCCUACACCUCACUGUCAGACCACGAGGGUGGGUGUGGCAGCUCAGCCAGCAGCCUCAGUGGGUCUGACUCCUCUGGUCCAGAUGGGUCUGGUCGGCGGCUGCCUAUCUUCAGUCAGCUGUCAGUGCCUGACGAGGGCUUCAGCGGCACUAGCUUCUUCCUCUAGGUAUGACGGUAUCCUCAAACCUUCCCCAACCAGUGUGACUUGUCUUGUCCAUUGAAAGACUUGUGUAUUUUUUUUUAAAGAACCUCACAGCAGUAUGCUGUUACUGUACGCCAGAUGCUUGACAAACGAAUGUGCUUCAGUUAAGCUUAAGCGAAAUUGAGCUGUACAAUUUGAGUUGGAAGUCAACAAGGCAAGGUGCCGGAGUUGCGUUGCACUGACCAUUUUAUCAAAUUGUGUGAUUGGUGCUGGAAGUCUUAAUUUCCUGCCACCUUACUAGUCAUGUAAAUGCCAGUUUGAGGAGCAAUGAAUUAAUCUUAUAAUGUUAAAGCCAAAGACAAGGAUAGAAAUCAAUUUCUGCCAGGCUAGAAGAUUUCCCCCUAUGAAUGUUGGGUGACUAAUGUUGUGAUAUUUUGUAUACUGGCAAUGGUCUUUAUUAUACACUGUUCUUCUGACUGGGCUUAAAUGUACCUUUUCCAAAAACCCAGUUUAGUUUUUUUUUCAAAUGACUUCAGUGCCUAUAAACUUUUGUUUCCUUUUUUUUGGAAACUGCAAUUUUCAUUGUUGCAGGGGGACCUUUUUCUGUUUUUAGAUGAAAGCUUAUAUCGGUUUCCUAACUUUACUUGGCAAGGUGGCUUGUGAGAAUUAAUAAUUGUUUUCUCACUUGCUUCUGCGAUCUCUGUAAAUAUGUUUUGAAAUUGUAUGUAGAUGUUCUGAAGGCUCACCCAAGGGUACAAGUGUGGUGGACUCUGCAUGUAAUCCCUGACUUUUAGCAGAAAAAUAAAUGGAAACGUGCUAUGAUUAAACUGGGUUGCUGUUGAAAUCUGAUUCUAUUGAGUUGGACCUAAACUGCACCUUGUUCAGUAGAUUCAAUUGUAGUGUCUUUCUAAAAGUGCUUUUGAGAUCAAAUGGUAGCUGUUUUGGUAGUUGGUUCUGAGUGGAUGCUCUUUUUGCAUUCCGUUGUAUUUAAAUGCCUUUUUGACAAAUGUUUCAAGCUUGUUUUAGUGUUAAUGGGUCUUUUAGUAAAUUAAGUUAAUUUAUUUUUAUGUAUUUAUAGAACUUUUGGGGUUUUGUAUUUUUUUUUUUAACCUUUUUUUAAAUUAAACAUGUUUAGUCCCUUAAUGUUUGUAUUUUCACUGUCUUCAAGGUGUUUGGGAACUCUGUACGUAAUGUUUGCGUCAAAUGCAGUGCUAAAUUUGUCAUUCCAUCGAGGGUUUGACAAUAUCGACUAUUCACAAAAUGAACAUGCCUCUUCAAAUUGUGAAGUGGCACAUUUGAGUAACUCUUGGUUUGUUUGUGUGUCCUGUUGCGUUAACCUGGUUUUAGCCCAAUAACUUUCUUUGGAAUGGUUGUUUCAAUAUAAAGCUGCUCCACAAAACACUACCCACAGCUUAAUCUGUAGGCUACUGUAACAGGGGACUACUCUUUUAGGUUGAAUACGUUCUGUAAUUCAGAAGUGUUUGUGUGCGCUUAGGGUGGGGGAAUAGUCAAGCGGCUCAGAUUUCAUAUGGAGAUAAGAUGUCUUUUGUUUCGUCCCUGAUCUCUACACCCCUCUGCUUACUCGCUGAAAAGCAAUGAAGCUGAAUUCCUUCAGAUGACAGCUGACGCCUGGCUCAAACAACUGCUGUAUCGUUUGCGUGGCUGCUAUUUUAAAGAUGACAAAAAGCAAUAGUAGCACCAUCUCUAUAGUGGAGUUGCUGUAGGAACAGUUACACUUCUGCUCCCAUUUUCACAAAGAAGACACUUUUAAAUUAUGUCAAAUGAAUUUCCAAUAUGUUUUCUCCCCCUUGUGUCGCCCUCCAUCUCCAAAGAGUCAACGCAACCAAAAUAAUCGGCGCAUAAUAAAAGGAACCCUGAACCCACAGCAGUUAGCAGUUCAGUAAUGAGAAACUUCUAGUUCAUUUCCUUGUCAGUGCGACAAUGGGAUGACUGCCAUUGGGGAAGGGGUGGCCGGGAAUGGGUUUAAAGAAAAUGUCUGUUCUCUGUUGUGGGGAUGAGGGGGAUUCUCCCACAUCGCGCCCAGUGAGUUUGUACAAUGGCAGGCCCAUUCUCACACAGCCACGGAUCAUCUGGAGGACGGAGCAGAUGGCUGCAUUCAUGGGGACCACAGGUCAAACAUAUGCUCCUGGAUAGAAAGGAAUAUAUUUUGGAGGGAGGGGAAUGUGUCCAUGCCUCAGCACUAUAUCCCAUAGAGGUGAGGGGAAGAGGUCUAAACACAUGAACGACUACAGAACGUUUCCCAGUGGUUUCUCUGAAUGGCCUGGUGUAACAUGAACUCCUCGUGGAUGCUGCUGGUGUUUUUGUUGGGAAAAGUUAUUUCCAGUUUAUGCCUACUUUGUGUUUUCAUUGAGAAAAAGUGUCCUCGGCGCAUGUUGACAUGCUCCGAAAGUGCGCUGAAAUGUCUGCGUAUUUACAAGCCGCGGAGGCACUAAAAACAAACGCCGUUAUUUACUGAUGUUUAUGUUUGAUCAGAACAAUGAUUUCCACAAAGUUUAUCUAAGGCUGUUCCCUCAGUUGUAACCCAACUCCUGUUUCUGUUCAAACUCAUAUUUUUUGAGCUACAUUGAAAUACUGCAUUGUUGGUUCUGGAGCUUGAAAGAAAGGCAUUUCACUGUACUUGUGCAAGUGACAUUAAAACUUGAAACAGAU